GCUAUAAAAUCCCUGUUAUUGAGAACUUGGGUGCCACUCUGGACCAAUUUGAUGCAGUUGAUUUCUCUGACAAUGAGAUCCGUAAACUGGAUGGAUUCCCUCUGUUGAGAAGGCUGAAAACUCUUCUGAUGAAUAACAAUAGGAUUUGUCGAAUUGGUGAAAACCUUGAACAAGCUCUGCCCAGCCUGACGGAACUCAUUCUUACCAACAACAACAUUGCUGAAUUGGGUGAACUGGAUCCGUUAUCAACUAUUAAAUCAUUGACUUACCUGAGCAUUUUAAGGAAUCCUGUAACAAAUAAGAAGCAUUACAGAUUGUAUGUAAUCCACAAAGUUCCCCAAGUCAGAGUGCUGGAUUUUCAAAAAGUAAAACUGAAAGAGCGACAGGAGGCAGAGAAAAUGUUCAAGGGCAAACGGGGUGCACAGCUUGCAAAGGAUAUUGCCAGGAGAACAAAAACCUUCAAUCCAGGUGCUGGUCUGCCAACUGACAAAAAGAAAGCUGGGCCCUCUCCAGGGGAUGUUGAGGCAAUUAAGACUGCUAUAGCAAAUGCCACGACUCUGGCUGAAGUGGAGCGACUGAAAGGCUUACUACAGGCUGGUCAGAUUCCCGGCAGGGAACGAAAAUCAGGCCCGUCGGAGGACGCUGAAGAAGAAAUGGAAGAAGACACGGUUCCCAACGGAUCUUAG